AUCUCGUCUGCCACCAUGAGCGAAGCGGCCGAGACCACUACCGUCAGCCUGGCGCCUCCCGCCGCGCCGACAGCAGCAGCAGCACCAGCACCGCCGCCCCCGCCUGCUGCCGCGGACACCAAGCCCAAGAGCCCCGUUAGCGCCGUCGCGGCGGGCGAAGCGAGUGUGGAGCCGAAUCCAGGUGCUGCUGCCACCACCACCGCAGAGACGGAGAAGAAAGUGCUUGCCACUAAAGUUCUUGGCACUGUCAAAUGGUUCAAUGUCAGAAAUGGAUAUGGCUUUAUCAACAGAAAUGAUACCAAAGAAGAUGUGUUUGUUCAUCAGACAGCAAUAAAGAAGAAUAACCCACGGAAAUACCUGCGCAGUGUUGGUGAUGGAGAAACUGUAGAAUUUGAUGUGGUUGAAGGAGAGAAGGGUGCAGAAGCAGCUAAUGUCACUGGUCCAGAUGGAGUCCCUGUGGAAGGUAGCCGCUAUGCUGCAGAUCGCCGCCGCUAUCGACGUGGCUAUUAUGGCCGACGCCGAGGACCACCUCGUAGUGGUGGUGAAGGAGAACUGAAGGAUGGGGUUGCAGAAGGAGGACAACUUCAUCAACAAGCCCAUAGGAAUCCGACCUAUCGUCCCCGCUAUCGCAGGGGGCCCCCACGUCCUCGCCCUGUGCAGGUGACUGGAGAGGCUGAAAAAGAGAACCAGCAUGAGACCAGUGCUACAAGUCAGCAGCCCCUUCGCCGUGGGUACCGACGCCCAUAUAACUACCGUCGUCGACCUCGUCCACCCAGUUCUCCAGCUCAGGAUGGGAAAGAGACAAAAGUGACUGAAACACCUGCUGGAAAUCCUGCUCCAGUGACUGAGCAGAGUGGUGCUGAGUAAUGUCCAACUCCCCUAGACACCUUUACAGUCCUUCAGGUAUACUAAAAUGCAACUGAAAAUAUAACACCAAAGAAACAUUCAAGCAAUAAACUGUCAACAGUGAUAAAAAUUCAAGAUACUGGAACUUGAGGAAGAGAAAAUUCACCAGCAGCUGAGAUCCACAAAAUGCCUGCAAGAUAAAUGCAAGAAGAAAGUGAGAUUCAAAGAGUACCUUCCUUCCCUUCCUCCCUGCCUACCUUUCCU